UGAAUGAGAACUAAACUGUGGUUUCUGUAUUGAUUUGAAAAUGUGACGUUAGAUACAUUCACAGUCAAAUGCAGAGAGAAUGAAUUUCUCCCUCCUGCCCAUCAUAGAUUCCUGGGUGAUCCAAGGGUUAUGGGCAUACUGUAGCAGGGAACUCCUUCACCUGUGUUCUUCCUUUGCCCUUCAAGGUUCCUUUAAGCUGGAGAAUUUACUACAAUGCAGAAAAAGUUGCUGGACAAGCUCUCACAUGGUGGGAUAUCCAAGACCCUGCAACCUUCCCUGCAAAUCUUCUUGUUCUUUGAAUUUUUAAGGACAGUUGCCACUCUGGAGUGUGAAGUUUGUUCUGACAAUGGCACCAACUGUAUUGGCAAUCUGCAGACCUGUGAUGAUAGUCAACACAACACCUGUGUCAUCAUUUGGAUUCGUAGUACCCUAGGUGACACAGUGAUGCAGACUGUGGCCAAGGGGUGUGACUCCAAAGAGGUCUGCAAAACUCCAAAAAGCCACUUGAAUAUGGGGCAUGGGAAAAUCCUGCAAGCAAGUUUGGUUUGUUGCACCGAGGAUGCUUGUCAUACAGCCAAGCCUCAAUUACCCCCACGAGAGGCUAAACUCAAUGGAAAGCAAUGUCUUGCAUGCUAUUCAGUGGCAGGAGUAUGCAGUGAAGAGAUGGUGAAUUGUACUGGAUCGGAAAAGUACUGCUUCGAAAUAUUUUCCCGUACUUAUGCGGAUGGAGUGCUUUGGGACUCAGCCAUGACAGGCUGUACCACCAAGUCAACGUGCAGAUCAAUAAACCGUGGGGAAAUGUCCAUUCUGCAAGAUCGCGAUACAGUAAUUAAAACAUCCAGAUGUUUCCGGGCUGCUUCGAAGGGGGUUUACCUCUGGAAGUUCUUCCCACUGUUGUUUGCUGGAUUUCUCUUUGCACAGGCUUUCUUCUAAAAGACGUUUGCUGUGGGGCUGUGUUAGCUCCACAUCUGAAGUAUGUAUGUG